AUUACCAGCAAAGCGCGCCAAAACUUACGCGUGGCGCGCAUUUGUUGUCAGCGUUGUCACUCGUCGAUGUGUUUGUUGUUUGUGUUGGCUGUGGUGUUAUUACCUUUUUUGCUGUGCGAUUAGUAUCGUGUGAUAACUUCAGUUUGGCGAGGAAGACUGAACUGCAAUCUUUCAAGAUCACUUAUAUCGACAAGGUGUUGGCAACAUGGGAAUCCUUGGACUUUCAAAGUUGAUUGCGGACAUUGCUCCAUCUGCCAUCAAGGAAAAUGAAAUGAAGAACUUCUUUGGUCGGAAGGUGGCCGUCGAUGCCAGCAUGUGCAUGUACCAGUUUCUGGUGGCUGUCCGGCAGGAGGGAGCCAACCUGACCUCAGCAGAUGGAGAAACGACCAGUCACCUGAUGGGAAUGUUCUACCGGACGAUACGGAUGGUGGACAACGGCAUCAAGCCCUGCUACGUGUUCGACGGCAAGCCGCCCGAGAUGAAGGGAGGCGAGCUGGCCAAACGAGCCGAGAGGAGAGAGGAGGCGCAGAAGGCGCUCUCACAGGCAGAGGAGCAGGGUAACCAGCAGGACAUUGACAAGUUCAGCCGCCGGCUGGUCAAGGUGACCAAAACACACGUGGAUGAGUGCAAACAGCUGCUCAAACUGAUGGGUAUCCCGUUUGUGGAGGCGCCCUGUGAGGCGGAGGCGCAGUGUGCCGCCCUGGUGAAGGCCGGCAAGGUCUACGGCACGGCCACUGAGGACAUGGACGCUCUCACCUUUGGCUCGAACGUGCUGCUCCGUCACAUGACCUUCAGCGAGGCUAGGAAGAUGCCCAUCAAGGAGUUCCACCUGUCCAACGUUCUGGCUGAGACCGGCCUCAGCCAGCAGGAGUUUAUCGACCUCUGUAUCCUGAUGGGCUGCGACUACUGCGACUCUAUCCGCGGUAUCGGCCCCAAGCGUGCCAUCGAGCUGAUCCAGAAGCACCGCAGCAUCGAGACCAUCCUGCAGCACCUGGACAAGAACAAGUACACGGUGCCCGAGGAGUGGCAGUUCUCCGAGGCGAGACGGCUCUUCGUCGAGCCGGAGGUCGCCGAUCCCGCCGAUAUAGAGCUGAAGUGGGUGGAGCCGGACGAAGACGGCCUGGUGGCCUUCAUGUGUGGCGACAAGGGCUUCAAUGAGGAGCGGAUCCGUAACGGCGCCAAGAAGCUGUCCAAGGCGCGCAAUACCACCACCCAGGGACGGCUGGACUCGUUCUUCAAGGUGCUGCCCAACCCCAACGCCGGCAAACGGAAGCUGGAGGAGAAAAAGAACUCUGGCAGUAAGAAGGCGCGAGGUAGCGGAGGAAAGUUCAAGCGCGGUAGAUAAAACAGGACGAGAAAACACGUCGCUUCCGUUCACCGCAUUUCAUCAUUCCAAAUCAUCGGUAACUGAAGGUCAUCUGAUUGUCCCCUGAGGGCUGAGCUCGCUUGAAGCUCAGGCGGCAUAGCACUGCAAACUAAGGUGUGAUAGUUUUUGAUUUUUGCGCACCGAUACCGGUUGAUGUUUCAUCUCAUGCCAUAUCUCAUCUGGGCGGGGAGGGGAGGGGGGCGAGGAGGAGGGCCAGGGAUUCUGCAAAACAUUUUUUUUUAACGUGACAAUAAUCUAAACAUGCCACUCCUCGCAUUCGUUCAACGUCGUUCAUUCUCCGUCUUACAGCUACUCUCUUGCAACUCGGUGGUGUGAAAUACGAUUUUUGUCUUAGCCGUUGGCCACCUUGUUCGCCACGGGGUAGCGUACGUUUUCUAGUAUUUAUCCGCGUUCCAUCAUUGCACAUGCCCUUUUGUAAACGCCGUUUGGCUACUUCCUCAGAACCUGCCACCUAGUAUCUCUUUUUGCAAUGUAUUGCGGCAAUAUAUGCGACAUCAAA